CAUUUGGAUCUCAUUUCUCAUUCCGCGGCGAAAACUCGACGAACGUGCAAGCAAACAAGCGAGCAGAAAGGCGACCUAGUUUAAAACUUAAUAUUAUUCGUAUAUUUUCGUACGGAAUUAGAGUCCGCGUAGACCAAUGGCGUUCCUCAACAAGAUUGCUGCGCCAGCCCUGCGCCAGCUGGUGGCCCAAAGUCGGUCCUAUGCCUCCGUGUCCCAGGUGUCGCCCAAUGGCACUUCCUUCGCGCUGACGGAGGAACAGGCUCAGCUGCAGGAGAUGGCACGCAAAUUCACACGCGAGGAGAUCAUCCCCGUUGCCGCGCAAUACGACAAGACCGGCGAGUACCCGUGGCCCAUCAUAAAGAAGGCCUGGGAGCUGGGUCUGAUGAACAAUCACAUUCCCGCGGAUAUUGGCGGCCUCGAUCUGGAUGUGUUCACCACCUGUCUGACGGCCGAGGAGCUGGCCUAUGGCUGCACCGGCAUCAUGACUGCCCUGGAAGCUAGCGGACUGGGUCAAACUCCUGUGAUCCUCUCUGGCAACAAGGAACAGAAGAAAAAGUACCUGGGCCGCCUGCUCGAGGAGCCUCUGGUGGCCGCUUAUGGCGUGACCGAACCUGGCGCAGGUUCCGAUGUGAAUGGCAUCAAGACGCGCGCUGAGAAGAAGGGCGACGAGUACAUUAUCAACGGCCAGAAGAUGUGGAUCACCAAUGGCGGUGUGGCCAACUGGUACUUCGUGCUCGCCCGCACCAAUCCCGAUCCCAAGUGCCCGUCCAGCAAGGCCUUCACCGGCUUCAUUGUCGAGCGCGACUCUCCCGGCCUGACGCCCGGCCGCAAGGAGCUGAACAUGGGACAGCGCGCCUCCGAUACGCGUGGCAUCACCUUCGAGGAUGUGCGCGUGCCCAAGGAGAAUGUGCUGAUUGGCGAGGGAGCCGGCUUCAAGAUUGCCAUGGGCACCUUCGACAAGACCCGCCCUCCAGUGGCCGCCGGCGCCGUCGGUCUGGCUCAGCGUUGCCUCGAUGAGGCCCUCAAGUAUUCCCUGGAGCGCAAGACCUUCGGUGUGCCCAUCGCCUACCAUCAGGCUGUGCAGUUCAUGCUCGCGGACAUGGCCAUCGGUGUGGAGACCUCGCGUCUGGCGUGGCGCCUGUCCGCCUGGGAGAUUGACCAGGGACGCCGCAACAGCUACUACGCCUCCAUUGCCAAGUGCCAUGCCGCCGAUAUGGCCAACAAGAUCGCCUCCGAUGCCGUACAAAUCUUCGGCGGCAAUGGCUUCAACAGCGAGUAUCCCGUGGAGAAGCUGAUGCGCGAUGCCAAGAUCUAUCAGAUCUACGAGGGCACCUCUCAGAUCCAGCGUCUCAUUAUCUCCAGAAACAUGUACGAGGCGGCCAAGGGCAAAGCUUAAGUUCCGAUGCUCAACUUACAUCCAUUCACCUCAGUCAUACUCAUUGUAGACCAACACAUUCACAACAAUUCGAUAAAUAAAAGUACAAUUAUAGUUACAUAAA